AUGUCUCUAGAUACGGAUGUUCUUAUUAUUGGUGCCGGGAUGUCCGGUAUCGGAUUCGCUAUUCAGCUUCAGAAGGACUUUCCCCAGGCGAGCUAUGAGAUAUUUGAGAAAUCAAACGGUUUGGGAGGGACAUGGUGGGUCAAUACCUACCCUGGCUGUGGAUGUGAUGUCCCGUCCCAUGUAUACUCAUACUCAUUCGAUCUCAAUCCGGAGUGGAGCAUGAAAUAUGCUCUCCAGCCCGAGAUCCUAGCUUACUUUAAGUCAGUUGUUGAUAAGCAUAAUGUUGCACCAUAUAUCAGAUACAACUCAGUUGUUCAGAGUGCUGGGUUUGAAGAAAAAACAGGGACGUGGCUGGUCACAGUAAAAGACCUCAAAUCAAAUAUCACCAGACAUCGACGAUGUAAGAUAUUGAUAUCUGCAGUCGGUGCUUUGUCAAUUCCAAAGGAAUGCGAUAUCAAAGGAUACGAUAAUUUCCGUGGGAAGCUAUUCCACUCCGCACAAUGGGAUCACCAAUUCAAUUGGGCUAAUAAAGAUGUCAUCGUUAUUGGUAAUGGCUGCAGUGCCACACAGUUCGUACCUAUUAUGACGGAUGGCGACAACCAGGUUCGGAAGCUCACUCAGUUUAUCCGUCAGCCGCAUUGGGUGAUCGAACGCCCCAAUAACAAAUACAGCCCUCUCUUCAAAUGGACAAUGCGUUAUAUCCCUUUAACAAUGUGGGCGUAUCGAGUAUGGCACUUUAGCCGGCUUGAAUACUCAUUUCGUGAAUUCUAUCUCGAGUAUGGGCGACCCCUUCGUGAAGACCAGACCAACACGCACCUAGAAUAUCUAAGGCGAACAGCACCAGCGAAAUACCAUGAUAUUCUAACGCCGAAAAUCGAAUUUGGUUGUAAACGAAAGGUUAUGGAUACUGGGUAUUUUGAUUGCCUGCAUCGGGAAAAUAUGGAGCUGAUUGCUACAGACCCCAUUGAAGAAAUAAAGGAAACAGGUGUAAUAACGAAGUCAGGGAGAACCAUUAACGCAGAUGCAAUUGUUCUUGCGACCGGAUUUCAGACGCAGCAGGUCCUUCACCCCCUAGAAAUUAGAGGCAAGAAAGGUGUCUCGCUGAUGGAACAUUGGCAAGAUUUCGCAGACAACACUCCGCAGGCCUACUAUGGCACAUGUGUAUCUGGGUUCCCCAACUUUUUUAUUAUGAUGGGCCCAAACACUGCAACAGGUCACCUGUCGGUGAUAUAUACUUCUGAAUGCCAAAUAAACUUCGCGAUCCGUGCGAUCCGGCCUGUUAUGCAAUCCCUCUACCCAUCCCCGCUUCAAGCCUUCAACCCAUUUGGAGGAAAAUCAUGCGAUACAGUUGCAGUGACUCCGAGGGCAGAGCAGGAGGAUAACUCAUGGGUUCAAUCUGCCCUUAAAGGGUUCGUAUGGGCAUCCGGCUGCAGCAAUUGGUACGUAGAUGCAUCUACUGGGAAAAACACGAUGCUUUAUCCAGAUUGGCAGUUGAAGUACUGGUUGCGCAGCAUAUUCAUACCAUUCAAGUCCGAUUUCGAGUUCAGCUCCAGCGAGGAUUCAAGGGAAGCCACCAAGUGGUCGCUAUUUGGAAGGACCUGA